AUGGAUACGUCUCACUAUCUCGCUCAAUCACCACAACCAGAUGGCCCUGAAAUAGCAGCAAAGCUUGUUUCUGUCUUUUCAAUCACAUUACUGUCCGCUUUGUUUGGUGUCAAAACGUACAAUGUGCAUUUCAAAUACCUUUCCUAUUCGAAAUGGUUGAUUCUAGCUCUUUAUCUAUUUUCUUGGUCAUUUACUACCAUCAGCAUGCUUUUAGUAACAACAAACAACAAAAACUACACAUCAUGCUUUCUGUCAAUCAUGGUCUGCGAUAUUUUCUAUUCGGGCACCAAGAUCACAAUCUAUGCUUGGCUGAUUGAGAAGGUAUAUGUAGUCUCUUCGAUCCGCGAGACCAGAUGGCGAUCCAAGGCAUAUCGAUUUCAUUUGUGUCUCAUGCUACCUUAUAUCGCCAUUUUCACAUUGAUGCUGGUCUUUCAUAUUUCUGAAAUUGAUGCUAGUGGCAUCUGCAUUAUCGGAUUACAGUCUAUUGCAUCUCUGCCACUUUUGAUCUAUGAUUUUUUCAUCAACUUUUACAUGACCAUCUUCUUUGUCAAACCUCUGAUGAAACUCGGUGCUGGUGUCAAAGUAGGCUGGAGAACAUCCCGUCUGAACGAAGUGGCCUUGAGAACCAUGGUGGCAUCUGUUGUUUGUUUAGUAGCUUCAUUUGCCAAUGUUCUUGCUCUCGUUCUAUUCAACGGCCGUGAAAGAGGUCUCGUCUGUUUAACAUGUUGCACUGUUGAUGUAACCAUCAAUGUUGUUACUAUUCAUUGGGUCACUUCACAAACACCUGGCAGAAAGAUGAAGGAAACAGGCGUCGACUACUCAACACAUCAAAGAGACUCCAAUCAUGAGAAUUCAGUUUACCAGCAUCAUAAUGCCCACGAUGACCCAGACACCACAUUGCAUCAUAAUCACAGUGAUAUUGUCGAGAUAUUAGCCACGCAUCACACAAAUGACAUUGCUGUUGGAUAUGGUUUCACAAAUAACAAUCUCCAUAUUCAAGACAUGAAAACAGUGCCUCCCUAUUCUGCGUCUCCUAAUGUCACUACUAUCGGCAACAAGCCAUCGUUCGUCAACAAGAAGGAAACAACGUGCGAAGAUCAAUCAUCGACAGACAGUAAUUUCUGUUCUUCUUCCAUCCAUGAAUCACAAAGUAGUCGCAAAUCAUUGACCAAACGCUGA